AUGGAUAUCUCCGUGCUGUGGCUCUACCUGCUGCUGGUGUCCGUCCUGCUCGUGUGCCAGGCUUCUACGGCCGAGUCGACACUCCUAUUUUGGGCUUGCGUUUACCGGCUGGAAAUCUGCCCCUUCAAGACCACCACUGUAGCUACUGGCGGCUGAUUUGAGUAAUUUUUGUGUACAAGCCGACCGAUUUAUAAAUAAAUAAAGAA